AGAAUAUCUCGCCAUCUUCAAGAAGACCGUCGCCAUGCACGAGGUCUUCCUGUGUCGUGUGGCGGCUCAUCCCGUCCUCAGGAAAGACCUCAACUUCCACGUCUUCCUCGAGUACAACCAGGAUCUGAGUGUACGAGGGAAGAACAAGAAGGAGAAGCUGGAGGACUUCUUUAAGAACGUGGUGAAGUCGGCCGACGGCGUCCUGGUGGCCGGAGUCAAGGACGUGGACGACUUCUUUGAGCAUGAGAAGACGUUUUUGUUAGAAUAUCACAACAGGGUCAAAGAUGCUUCGGCCAAAUCUGACAGGAUGAUCCGCUCGCACAAAAAUGCUGCAGAUGACAUCAACAGAAUCGCUUCCUCUCUGUACACAUUAGGAACUCAGGACUCCACAGACCUCUGCAAGUUCUUCCUGAAAGUGUCGGAGCUGUUUGAGAAAACAAGGAAGAUUGAAGCUCGAGUUGCAGCAGAUGAGGACCUGAAGCUGGCCGACCUGCUGAAAUAUUACCUGAGAGAGUCGCAGGCUGCGAAGGACCUGCUGUACCGGAGGAGCCGGUCUCUGGUGGACUACGAGAACGCUAACAAGGCUCUGGACAAAGCUCGAGCCAAAAACAGAGACGUCCUGCAGGCCGAGACCAGCCAGCAGCUCUGCUGCCACAAGUUCGAGAAGAUCUCCGAGUCAGCCAAGCAAGAGCUCAUAGACUUCAAGACGAGACGAGUGGCAGCUUUCAGGAAGAACCUGGUGGAGCUGGCAGAGCUGGAGCUCAAACACGCCAAGGGGAGCCUCCAGCUGCUGCAGAGCUGUCUGGGCGUCCUGAAAGGAAACACUUAACUGUGCGACGCCGCCUGCAACCGAUGGGACACGCCCCUUUGUCACAGCCCCGCCCACAUUCAGAUGGACACGGCCAUCACCGGGGGGGGCGGGGCCCCGACGGACGGACGGACGGACACUAAGAACUGUGGACCAGAGAGAGAACAGAGGGUUAAUUAAAAAUACAGGAAAUCUUCAUCACUAACAAAACACCGUCCUCUUCUUCCUCCUCCUCCCUUUCUCCCUAACCCCCUCCCCCCUCCUCCUCCUCCUCCCUCCCCCUCUGCAGCAGCACCCGUCUGUCCGUCUGAGUGACUUUCAGUCUUUUCAUAGACGAGAGCGGCUCAUUAGGUCAGGCCCCGCCCACUUUAGGGUGAAACCUCUAAUCUGAUUGGCUGUAAAUUUAUAAAAUAAUAACACUGUAAUGAUUUUGUCUAUCAGGAUCAUAAAUCCUCUGCAGUCACAAGCAAUGCUGCUGUGUUGUUGUGGUUGUAAAUAAAA